AUGUCUACUGCUGUUGACGGUGGUGCUCAUCCAUCUCCCGUAUUUGCCGAAGAGUGGAAAAUUGGUGGUCAACAUCAGCAGCAACAACAGCAGCCCGAGGGAUGGCGAGUAUCCUGUCCUUCCAAACCAUUGCCGCAAGAGCCCCCGCCACCACCACCUCGUCGAUCAUUUAUGAGUAAUGCAAUAGCGGAUGCUGGAUCCUGGUAUCAACCUGAACCGCCUGGCUGGGCUUUUCCUCCGACGACAGGAGAGGUAGCACCUACUACUAAUACUAGUACAGUUGCUGCCAUGGAACCACCGACAUAUAUGAUGGAGCAGCAGCCAAUAUCACCAUCUCAAUAUCCGGAGAAGGAUCAUCCCCCGGCACACUAUGAACAACCAAUUCUAUAUGAACAACCGCUACAGCAACAACAACAACAACCGGCGCCUCCUUUUGUUCCAGAGCAGGAGAUAGACUAUCAUACAUCAAAACAACAACAAAUAUUGCGCGAAAAAGAGCGGCCUAAAAGCGAUCCUGCGCCAAACAAGCGAAAGACGACAGAUAACAGCAAUACACGAAAAAUAUUAUCAAUCACUACGGCUUCCGGUCGAACGAUACCACUAGAUAACCGACCUGUAUUUGGAAGCUGGAUGGACAUGGACAACUUUGAAGACGGUGAACAGUGGAAGGUCGAAUGGUGCGAGUUAGAUAAGGGCAUCAUGGACAAGCUCGUGUCUCGCUUCAUACAAAUUAGCGGAAGCAGACGCAAGUAA